AUGGCGCCGACGCCUCGCGGCCUGCCGCCGCUGGAGAAUGCAGCGAAGGUGCUGCCCCUCGGCGUGGCGGCGGUGCCGGCCGUCGCCGCGGCGGCGUCGGAGAGCAAGGCCGGCGACGACGACGGCGCCGCGGCGGCCAGCACCGCGCCCGCGGACGGCGCGGCGGAUGACGGCGCGGCGGCGCCGGCGGUCGUCGCGCUCGCGCCGCUCUCGACGUCGAAUUCGCCGACGGGGAAGGCGUCGCCGAAGGGCGCCAUGGGCCGGCUGUCCCUGGCCGUCUUCGGGCCGAAGCGGCCGAACCGGCUGCGGACGUCGACGUUCGGCAAGAUGAGCCGCGUGCUCGUGCCCAAGUCCGCGGGCAACUACGCGAGCCGGCUCCGGGCGCUGCUCAAGGAGGACGAGAGCCAGCGGGAGGCCGGCGACGGCGACGCGGAGUGGCUGAGCAUCAGCGUGCUCGUGGACUGCCUCCGGCGGAUGAAGUACGACGCGGGCCUCUUCGCGGGCUACGGGAACCUCGUCGUGUACCUGCUCUACGUCUUCAUCUUCCUCGUCGUCAUCUGGCUCCAGCGGUCCAUCGGCGGCAACGGGCGGGGCGAGGUGCUGAGCGUCAUGGACCGGCUCUACGAGGACGCGAACGCGACGCGCGUCUUCCCGAAAUCCGUCUACCCGAUCCGCGAGCGGCUCAGCGGCUUCGACGGCUUCUACGGGUUCCUGAAGAACAACGUCGUCGACCUCAUCUUCUCCGAGGCGGCCUGCGGCGACGGCCUGAAGCGGGCCGUGGCCCUCGUCGAGGCCUUCGCGGAGCACGGGUUGGGCGGCUACACGGCGGCCCAGUGGGGCGCGCAGGACGAGUACGGCGCGGUCGUCCAGGCGCCCGUCGCGGGCUGGAACGUCUGCCACGAGUCGGACGCGCGGCUCGGCUCCUUCGAGACCGUGUGCGUCUGGGACGGCGACGUCACCAUCGGCGGCCUGCCCUACCGGACCGCGGAGCUCGACCCGAAGCACGUCGACUUCGGCGGGUCCGUGAGCCUCGAGCUCUACGCCGGGAACUGGGAGCUCCGCUUCGCCUUCGACGGCUUCGACGCGACGCACCCGGAGACGGGCGCGACGGUGGCCGUCGCGCACCCGGCCGUCCGCGGGAGCCUCUGCCGGGGCGACGCCUGCGAGACCUGGGCGCCCUGCCCGAACGCGUCCCAAUGCGACUGCUCCUUCGUCGACAACGACUACGUCUGCCUCGGCGACGCGUUCUGGGAGGCCUACGACGCGGACGCGAUGAAGCCCGGCCUGGCGGGCCUCGAGGACCUCGACCGCGAGCUCGCGGCCUACGGCGACUCCCUCGCGCUCGAGGCCAUCGCGGACUGGUGGCAGGUCCCGCGGCCCUUCGACGAGGACGAUAGCUACUGGGGCGGCCGCGAGUCGCCGCGGGCCGCGCUCGACGGCGACUGGGACGACGCCUGCGCGUACCACACGGUCGUCGCGCUCGACCCCUACAACGCCUACACCUGGGGCAACGACGCAAUAGAGAUCUGGACGGCGGACGCCGCGACGGCGGCCGACGCGGACCAGGCGACGCUCGCGGCCGCGAAGCGGACCCUCGUGGCCACGAUAACCUGCGCCGCCGACUGCGAGGAGCACCGCGUCCUCCUCUGCGCGAACAAGGCCUACGUCUUCACCGCGCGGGACAACGGCGAUUCGGCGUCGACGCGGUCCGGCGGCGAGCUCGCGUACGAGGUCUACGCGGACGGGUCCGUCGAUCCCGUCUUCCGGGGGAACGCGAAGUGGUCCUACGGCGUCCCCGCCGGCGGCUGCCCCGACGGCGCCUACGCCUACGGCGACGCCAACGGCCUUUUAGGCUGGUACAACUGGGGCAGCUUCUGCAUCGACCCGGCGAACUCGCACUGCCUCCUCUCGGCCGCGACGCGCGGCACCUACUGCGACCCGUCGCUCGAGGGCUCGUCCGGCCUCGACUUCCGGCCGAGCGGCCAGGCGCCGGACGCGGCGACGUGGAGCGGCGCGCUCUGCCCGCCGACGGGCGGCACGUGCGCGGGCUUCCGCGCGGCCUACGACGGCGGCUCGACGCUCUACGCCUGCGACGACAGCCGGCGGCGACGGCGGGCGCUCGCGGCGGCCGCCGCGGAUCACGACGGCCGGCGACGGGAAGCCGCGGCCGCGGACGGCCGCGCGGGGACCGCCGCGGCUCCGGCGAUCGCCGCCGGCGCCGAGCCCGCGGGCGGGCCGCCGGCGGAGACGAAACGCCGCCUCGCGAGCGCGAGCGCGGCGAUGGACUGCGCCUUCGACUCCGACCUGUGCGCGUGGACGACGCCGACGGAGAGCGACCUGCCCUGGGCGUGGAACUCCGGAAAGACGGGCACGCAGGACACGGGCCCGAAGGAUCGCGCGGACUGGACGGACGCGGCCGACGGCUACGCCUACGCGACCUUCGGCCUCGGCGGCUGCUUCGGCGACUUCGAGCGGGCCUUCGCGGGCGACGCCGUCGGCGCGCCGGACCGCGGGCCGCUGUCCGCGCGGCACUGCCACAACCUGAACGCGGAGUACAUGGCGGAGUACGCGCCCCUGAUCGACUGCGUCGGCUGCGCGGGCGAUCUGUGCAACGUGCGCGGCGGCCAGGACCCGGCCUGGUACGGCAACGUCUUCGGCGCGCCCGCGCAGGCGCUCCGGAGCGCGGGCGACGUCUACGUCGCGGCCAACGGCUACACCGUGAACGCGGCUACGGUCGCGGCGGAGACGUGCGACGCGCAGCUCGUCGGCGACGGGUAUUGCGACGUCGAGCAGAACACGCUCGCCUGCGACUACGACGGCGGCGACUGCUGCGGCGAGGACCCCGGCUGCUCCGCGCCGUGGUUUAGGGACCCCGAGGACGCGUGGCCCUACGGCGUCGUCAUCAACGACGAGGUCCACGCGACGGUGCCGUCCCAGCUCUACGACGCCGUCGCGGACAAGCUGUUCCUCGAGUUCGCCGGCGACGGCCUCGUCGGGAAUUUGGACGAGGACGAGGCGCCGCGCGCGCUCGCGAACCACAGCGACGGCGCCGCGCUCCUCGCGGGGUUCGACGCCGCGCGCGACGCGCUCAUGCCGUCGCUCGCCUGCCCGGAGUGCGCGUCCUACGCCGGCGCCUACCGGUCCGUGCCCUUUGCGCUCAACGUGACCGACGCCAAUCGCGUCCGCGGCGGCUCGGCGCAGGGCAGCACAAGAGAGCGAGAUUCCCAACUUCAAAGGCUCCUCUCUCGGCCGUUUUCCACUCGCUCGGCGUACGACAUGUUCCCGGGCCUCGCCGCGGACGACGUGCGCAUCCGCUACUUCAACAAGCCGAACAUGGCCGUCGUCGGGCCCAAGCUCACCCAGCGGCGCGUCAAGGCCGCGGACUGCCCCUCCGCGGGCCCCUUCGCGUCCGAGGAGUCGCGCGCGGUGCUGAAGGACAAGUGCUUCGGCGCCAAGGACACGUCGCCCUUCGGCGUGGACCCGUCCUUCGAGCCGUCGAGCCCGCUCUACCGCGCGACGAACGAGGCCAUCAAGUUCGACCUGUACGACGCCGGGGAGCUCCACGACUCGGGCGUGCCCAAGGGCUUCUACUACACGAUGGCGCGGCCGGGCCGCGCGGGCGGCGAGGACUACGCGGUCGUCUUCGACAUCAACCUGAACCGGACGCGCGCCGAGGAGAUGCUCAAGACGCUCAUCUACGGCGGCUACUUCGACGGCCACACCGUCGAGGUCGCGCUGGAGAUCCUGCUCAUGAACCGCGAGUCGGAGCGGCUCACGUGGCUCGCGUUCAGGCUCGAGCGCCAGGAGGCGGGCGGCUUCUCGCUGAGCCGGGAGGUGAGCUUCAUCGACCCCAUGCCCUACGACCAGGCCGACGACUACGCGCGCCUCGUCUUCGAGCUCCUCUUCGUGAUCAUGUUCGUCGUCAACGUCGUCUUCGAGUUCGACGAGAUGCGGGGCGUCUACCGGAGCACGGGCUCCCUGGGCGACUACCUCACGGUCUUCAACCUGGUCGACUGGGCCGCGUUCACGGUGCGCUUUGCCAUGAUCGUCGUCUGGUGCGUCAUCGUCGCGCGGUGCGAAAGCUUCGAGUCCGCGCUCCGGUUCGACGUCUUCGCGGACGACGUCGCCGUGGGCCGCAUCACGGAGGCGUCGGCGGCGCUGGCGGACGCCCAGCGGACCUACGCCGACGUGGGCCGGCUGAAGCAGCUCUACGUGAUCUACGAGCGGCUCAACGUCUACUCGAUCAUCGUCAUGGUCUUUCAACUUUUAAAAAAUCUCGACUUCCACCCGCGCAUGGGCCUCGUGUCGCGGACGAUCCGCAUCGCCGCUUUUGAUCUUUUUUUCUUCUUCAUCCUCAUGGGCCUCAUCACGGGGCUCUACGCGAUCCUCGGCACGCUCAUCUUCGGCCGCGAGUCGAACAACUUCGCGACGGUGAGCCACUCGACGGUGACCAUGCUGAGCGCGCUCGCGGGGCUCUACUCGCACCCGAGCGACGACGACUCCGCGUCCCAGCUCUUCUACUGGUCCUACAUGCUCGUGAGCUUCUUCGUCAUGCUCAACGCGCUGCUGGCCAUCAUCAUCGACGCGUACACGGCCGUCGUCGCGGAGAUCGGGUCCGCGCCGCCGGACCCGCUCAUCUUCGCGUUCUGGAGCCGCGUCGACGGCAACGGGACGGCGGCGGGGGACCACGCCGUACCGCUCGACGACGUCAUGCCGCUGCUCGAGGCGUGGGUCGGCCCGGAGCUCGCGCGCGUCGAGGCGACGGGCGGCGACGGCCUCUUCGCGCGGCCCCGGGGCAGCCUGCGGACCGAGGACGAGUUAGACAACCGCGAGGAGCACAAGCGGACGUUGCACGCGGAUCGGGCCCGCGGCGACGCGUUCCGGGCCAUGUACGCGAAGCUCGCGGCGACGGCGCCGGCCGCGGAGGUGCGGCCGACGGAGCUGAGCCUGACCUGGAAGCCGGACCCCAUGUCGCCGGCGAUCUGCAUCGACUUCCACCUCCUGUGCCUCGUCAUCGCCGUCUACGAGGCCUACCACCGCCGCGCGAACCCGCACGCGGACCUGCCGGCGAUCGGCGACCACGAGAUCCGCGUCGUCGCGAUCAACGUGCUCGCGCGCUACGGCGCGACGUCGGACCUCGACAACGACGGCCUCGUCGAGGACCACGAGCAGAAGGCGCUCGUGAAGCUGCUCCAGCUCUACCCGUUCCUCACGCGCUACGGCGUCUGCGUGGGCGUCGACGACGCCGCGCACGCGCGCAACCGCCGCAUGUUCAAGCUCGCCAUCAACUUCCUGUCGGGGCUGACGUCGACGGAGGCCCUGGCGGCGGAGGCCCACGCCAUCAUCCACGACGGCGAGGCCAACCCGCCGCCCGCGGAGACCAUGGACCAGGUCAUCGACGGCCUCGUCGACGACCCGGACGGCCGCCGGUGGCACUUCAAGAGCGACGACGAGGACCCGCUGGACCUGAGCGUGCGCAACGUGGGCGCCGAGGGCGGGGCGCCCAAGAAGGUCAAGAAGAAGACGACGUCGUUCAUGGCCGGGGCGCACAGCGCCUACAAGGGCGCGAAGAAGAUGAUGAAGAAGCAGCCGAGCAUGCGCCGCGUGCGCGAGACCGACGAGGCCCCCGGCGGCCGCGCGGAGCUCGGCCAGAUCGCGGAGCUCAUCGAGCACCUCGCGCACGACGACCUCGAGAACCGGGUCAAGGCGGCGGCGGAGCUGCGCGUGCUCGCCCUCGACGGCGACAACAAGGUGGCCAUCGUCGCGGCCCACGGCAUCGGCCCCCUCGUCGACCUCUGCCGCGACGGCACGAACGAGGAGAACGCGGCCGCGGCCGAAUGCGCGGCGCGCGCGCUCUGGAACCUGAGCAUCAACAACGACAACAAGGUGGCCAUCGCCGAGAGCGGCGCCAUCGGGCCCCUGGUCACGCUGCUGUCCAAGGGCGGCACCAUCGGCGCGAAGGAGGCGGCGGCCGGCGCGCUCCGGAAUCUCGCGGUGAACGUCGACAACCAGGUGCUGAUCGUCGAGGCGGGCGCCGUGCGGCCGCUCGUGGAGCUCUGCAAGGAGGGGGACAACGAGGCGACGGCGGCGGCCGCCGAGGCCGCCGCGCGCGCGCUCUGGAAUUUGGCGUUCAACAACGAGGCGAACCAGGUCGCGAUCGCGUGCGCGGGCGCCGUCCAGCCCCUCGUGGGCCUCUGCAAGAACGGCCACAGCGUCGUCUGCAAGGAGGCCGCGGCGGGCGCGCUGCGGAACCUGACCUACAACAACAACGUGAACCGGAACGCGAUGGCGGCCGCGGGCGCGGUGCCGAUCCUCGUGGACAUGUGCAAGCAGGGCGAGAACGAGAUGAGCCAGAUGCACGCCGCGGCGCUGCUCAAGAACCUGACGUCCUCGCCCCAGUGCAUCGCCGCCGUCGCCAAGGAGCUCGGGCUCGGCGACCCGAACGCGGCGAGCAAAACGGACGUCGACGCCGAGGUCGACGGCCUCCUCCACGUGUCGCGAGCCGCGGCGCCCGCCGCGCCGACGAGCCCGACGAGCCCGGGCUCGGGGCGCUUCAAGAUGGCCGCGAAGCUCGUCAGCCAGCUCACGCCCAAGAGCUCGCCGACGCGCGCGGGCGGCCGCAUCUCGAAAAACAAGUUCUCCAACUCCUCGGCGAAGUGA